AUGUCCAAGUAUCCAACAAUCAGAGCAAGAGUGAUCGACUGCAAACAGGGAGCUGUGAGAGCAGUUCGAUACAACGUUGAUGGAAACUACUGUAUAACUUGUGGCAGUGACAAAACAGUAAAACUAUGGAACCCAUUAAAAAGUAGUCUUCUGAAGACCUACUCCGGAACAGGAAAUGAAGUUCUCGACGCGGCUUCUUCAUCAGACAACUCACAAAUUGCCGCGGGAGGAGCGGAUAAAGCCUGUACUGUAUUUGAUGUGGAAACUGGAAAACAGUUGAGAAGAUGGAGAACUCAUGGAGCACAAGUGAACGCAGUAGCCUUCAACGAAGAAUCAUCAGUGGUGUUCUCUGGAUCGAUGGAUUGUACAAUGCAAGCAUUUGAUUGCCGAUCUCGCAGUGAAAAACCCAUUCAAAUAUUCAAUGAAUCAACCGACGGAGUGAUAUCGAUCGAUGUGAAUGGACAUGAAAUUGUUGCCGGAAGUGCAGAUGGAAACUAUCGAAUUUAUAGCGUUCGAGAUGGAACCAUGACAAUAGAUUUUAUGGGAGAUUCUGUGAACAGCAUCAGCUUCACACCAGAUGGUAAUUGCAUUUUAGCUGGUGUCAUGGGAGGAAUGGUCAGAUUAAUGGACAAAUCGAGUGGAAAACUGUUAGCGAGUUACAAAGGACAUCAAAACACAGAUUACAAAUUAGAUUGUCGAGUUCUUCAGUCUAUUGAACACGUGGCAAGUGGAUCUGAAGAUGGAUUUGUCUAUAUCUACAGUCUUCUAGACUCUCAUAUUGUUUCUAAAUUGGAACACCCCUCGAAAGUGAUCCACUCUCUGGCGUCUCAUCCGAAGAAGGAAAGACUCGUGACUGCAGCAGGACAAAUGAUUUAUCUCUGGGUUGCUGAUGAUGAUGCUGAAGUUUUGGGAGAAUGA